AUGGCCGGCGACCUGCGCCACCGCCGCCCCGCGGGGGCUGCUGACGCCGGCGGGGAGGAGGAGGGGGACGGAGGAGCGGAGGCGGCGGCCAAGGCCAAGGCGGGCCCGCCGUCCGGCGGCGAGGGGGCGGAGGCGGCGGGGCCGGGGAGGAAGGAGGCGCUGGGGUGGCUGGAGUGGAGCCGCGGGUGGAUGGGCGUCGUGGGGGAGUUCUUCUUCCAGCGGAUCGCCGCCAGCCACCUCGCCAACCCGCUCGAGCUGCCCCCGCUCGACGGCGUCUCCAUAAUCGUCACCGGCGCCACCAGCGGCAUCGGCCUCGAGAUCGCAAGGCAACUCGCACAAGCAGGGGCCCAUCUUGUGAUGGCAGUUAGGAGACCCAAGGUGGCGCGUGAGCUGAUACAAAAAUGGCAGAAUGAACAAACAGAAGUUUCCAUGCCACUUAACAUUGAGGUAAUGGAGCUUGACCUGAUCUCCCUUGACUCGGUUGCAAGAUUUGCUGAUACUUGGAAUGCUCGCAUGGCACCCCUACACGUAUUGAUCAACAAUGCUGGCAUUUUCACCAUAGGAGAGCCUCAGCGUUUUACAAAGGAUGGAUAUGAAGAACACAUGCAAGUGAACCAUCUUGCGCCAGCUUUACUAGCAAUGUUGCUUCUACCUUCCCUUAUUAGAGGCUCUCCCAGCAGAAUUAUAAACGUCAAUUCAGUUAUGCACACAAUAGGUUUUGUAGAUGCUGAAGAUAUGAACCUUACAUCUGGAAAGCAUAAGUACAGAAGUUGGUUGGGAUACUCAAAUAGCAAGUUAGCACAGGUAAAAUUUAGCAGCAUAUUUCAUAAGAGAAUUCCGGCAGAGGCUGGUGUCCAUAUUGUUUGUUCCUCUCCUGGGAUUGUCCACACAAAUGUUGCACGGGACCUCCCUAAAAUUCUUGUAGCUGGAUAUCGUUUCAUUCCAUACUUCAUAUUUGAUCCUCAAGAAGGUUCAAGAAGUACAUUGUUUGCAGCAUCCGACCCCCAGGUUCCGGAAUACUGCGAGACGUUGAAGUCUGAAGACUGGCCUGUUUGUGCCUGCAUCAACUACGACUGUAAUCCGAUGAAUGCCUCUGAAGAAGCACACAACCUCGAAACAUCGCAGCUUGUUUGGGAGAAGACUCUCGAGAUGAUUGGCCUCCCGUCAGAUGCCCUGGAGAAGCUCAUCGAAGGGGAACCGGUUCAGUGCCGGUAUGGUCAACAGAAGGCUGAAUAG